CCGAGAGGGUUUAGGUCGGGUUCAGCUUAUUCACCCCUCUCGCUCUCUCCGGCACCGCCGCCACUGCUCUGCGCUCGCCACCAUGUCGGGAGGCGCUGCGGCCGCAUGUCUCCCCACCCUUUUCCGCCGCUGCAAGACCACCUCUGCCCAGUACGUGGCCAGUCGAUCCAUGGACCCAACCUUUGAGAAGCUGAUGGAGGGGUACAAGCACUUCCUCAAGGUGCUCGCCGUCCAGGACCUUAUCCUCGCCUCCCCUACCGCUUCCCUCCCUCUCCCCGUCCUCUCCGCCGCCGCCCCCCGCCUUCGCUUAUCCCGCGGCGCCACCCACUUCGUCCGCACAUUCCCCCGCAUCUUCUCCCUCCUUUACGACCCCUCCGCCGCUCAGCCCCUCGUCCGCCUCACCCCCACCGCCGCCCGCAUCGCCUCUGAUGAGUCCGAUGCCGCCUCCGCCUCCGCCCCCGAUGCCGUUGACCGAUUGCGGCGGCUCCUCUGCAUGUCAUCCUCCCGAUCCCUCCCCCUCCGUGCCGUCUUCAGGGUUUGGAGAGAGCUCGGUCUCCCCGACGACUUCGAGGACUCGAUCAUCGCCCGUAACUCCACCAUCUUCGCUCUUCGCACGAACCCUAGGGAAACCAACACCCAUCUCCUCGAGUUCGUCGACCAAUCCCAAACCCCCAAAUUUACCCCGGUGGUGGAUGCUUGGCGGUGCCAGGAGCGGAACCAAGCAGACGAGGCAGAGCUGAAGUUCGCAUUCAAGCAAGGGUUUCCUCCCGGGAUGCGGCUGACCAAAAAUUACCGCGCCAGAUUGAAGGAGUGGCAGCGAUUGCCGUACGCGGGGCCGUACGACGUCGGUGGUGGCGGAAACGCAAGGUCGAAAGCUGGAAUGCGGGCGCUGGAGAAGAGGGCGGUGGGGAUCGCGCACGAGUUCUUGAGCUUGACGGUGGAGAAGAUGGUGGAGGUAGAGAAGAUUAGCCACUUCAGGAAGUGGUUCGGGGUUGAUCUCAACAUAAGGGACCUGUUCCUGGACCACCCUGGGAUGUUCUACCUUUCGACGAAGGGGAAGCGGCACACGGUGUUCCUCAGGGAGGCUUAUGACAAGGGGAGGUUGAUCGAUCCGAAUCCAAUUUACGAGGCGAGAAGGAGGCUUCUUGAGCUCGUGCUAAUGCGCCGCCGAGGAAUGGGUGCUGAUUCAGCGGGAAGGAGAGCAUCAAGAUCCGAAGAGGACGUAGAAGUUGACAUGGAAGAAGGGUGUUCUUCAGAUUCAGAUACUCGAUAUGAUUUUGGAGAGUAGUGAACACAUUUGGGAUAAGAUUAUUCUUUUAUUUGUAUCUAUACGGUCAGCUGGAAGCAACAUAUUAGAUCUCCCGAAUCUAUGUGAUUAAAUCUGGAUUUUCUGAUGCGUGUUCAUAUCAUGCAAUAUCAUGAAGAGCUUUAAGAGGUUUCCUUCCUCCCAAGUCAAAGCAAAGGAGAGGGAGAGGGAGAGGGAGAGGCCAUGGCGAUGGCACCUUGGUCUCCUGCGGGUAUGGACAGAGGACGAAGCAUUGCUGGCGGAUAUAUGAAAUCUUUGAUUUGAGUGGGCUCUUCCACCGCAUCAGAAAAGUUCCUUCAAGCCCAAAUCCCUGUAAUUACCUGUCCAUAUUUUUUUAUAUAUUAUUCCAAAGGAGGCAAAUGUCCGGUGGAGGAAAAAAAAGGGAGAAGGAGAAGAAGGAAGAUGAGAAGAAGUGAUUUGGGCUUAGGGUUUUGGCUCAAUUUCUAUCAAAUUCUUUUUAGGCAAGUGUUCUAACAUCUUUCUAUAGUAAUUUUGAUUCUUGAUUUCAUCUUGAUUAUGAGUAUUUUGAAGAGUCUUGUCUUUGCAAAUGAUAUCAAUCUUGAUGAGCUCUAAAUUUGUGAAUUUGAAA